ACGAGUCCCGUCAGCUCCAAAGGUGGCACAUGGAGGAGCAAACAGUCAGUACUGGCGGUGGCGGAGGGAACGGGGGGAACGGCAGCGGCACGGGCAGCGGCGGCGGUGUUCCGGGGGUGCCCUCGUUCCCCAUGCCGCCGUUCGUGCUCCCUGACGAGGACGUCAGCGGAGAGCACACCUAUAUCGGUCGCAGGAAGCAGCUCUACUGCCGACACGGCGUCAACCUGGCCAUCCUGCCCGGCGGCAAGGUGGUCGCUACGCAGGAGCCGUUCAACAAGUAUGCUGUGCUGGAGGUGACAGCCGUGGAUCUGCAGGAGGUGCGAAUGCGAGCAGUGGAAACCGGCCUUUACGUGGCUAUGGACAGCAAAGGACAGCUUUAUGGAGAGGUAG